AUGGGUAAUGAAAAAAAUAUUUUGUCGAAAGUUGCUAAUAUACCUCUAAAGCAACCAGGCUUUGACGCAUUAGAUGUUUCUGCACCAGUGCUAGUGCAGAUGAAUCCAAAUGGGAAAUGGGAAAAUUGUAAGCCAGGGGAUCUGGAUGAAGAGCGGCUCAAAAGUAUUGUGCAACAUUUAGUAAAAUCCAAAGCAAUUUCCGCAGCACAAAGCUACUGCUGCCAAUGUGCCACAGAAAACCAAACAGAUUCGGGUGGUAAAUCCAAUUAUGUACCGGUAAUUAUGAUGCCCAUAUAUUCCGCAGAUGAAUGUCCAUUUGACUUGGACUGUGAGAUAAAAAAAAUGAAAGAAGCGGAGAGUGAUACGAAACCAACAAAGAAAGAAAAAGUUCAACAAUCUGCGAAAGAAUCCGAAAAGGAUAAGGAUAAGAAAAAAACUAAAAAACGAGGAUUUGUUUUACAACGAUUAACAGACUUCGAUUUACUUUCUCAAUGGUAA